AUGAAGGCCUUUUCGUCGUCGACCGUCUCGCUGCCUCUGAGCAGUGGCGCAGACGCAAAGCCGUCCAAGAAAAAGCUCUUGAAGCGUUUCUCACUCAAAUCCAAGAAGCCAUUGAGUGUCGAUAUCAGCAGCAGCAGCAGCACCUCAUUCUUGGCUUCACAAUCUACCACCACGCUCGCUGGGUCUGCCAACGAGCAACAGCAGCACCCCUCGAGCCGUCGAACGUUUGACAUGUUCUCGUCAGCGCCCUCUACGCCCAGAACGCCCAAGACUCCCAAGUUUUUUUCGUCUUUGGCUCCCUCGAGACGCUCGACAUCAGCUUCAAUGGACGCGGUGCGCGCUCCGACCAGCUCCCGGUUUCCCGCUAAGGAUGCACCGCCUGUCCCGGCGAUCCCGAAGAUGUUUUUGAUCUCGGAUGAGGUAUUUGUCAUUGCUGCCCCGCCCAAGCCGGCGCAACAGACGGUCUCGGCGCCUCGCGUAAGCGAAAGCUCCAGCUCUCCGUCUACCUACUCGAUGCUCUCCGCGGCUUCUUCACACACUUCACACAGCUGGGUUGGCAACCUUGGCUCUCCGGAAGAGGACGAGGUGCCGACGUUCAAGGCAUGCAAACCAGAGCCCGAGCCGGAACCCGAGCAGAUGCGCUCGAGCCUGGACGAGAUCGACCAACAGAUCGUGCUCAAUCUGUGUCUCCACCUGUGCGACGAGAAGGCACCCGCCUCCCGCAGCGAAAGCGCACACAAGGAGAGACGCGCACGCAGGAGGAGCGCCAGCCUGCGCGCACAAGCCGCCCCUGUCUCCUCCUCACACGCUCGAAUGGCCUCGGCACCUCCCUCGCUAGGCCCGCUGCCACCUCAGCCAUCGCAGCCGCCGACGCAAGAAGUGCUGCGAAAGACCGACCAGAUCAAGAAGCGAUACAGCAAGCAGAGCAGCUCGCCGUUGCUCUCGAGCAAUUCGCCGUUGAUAGGAGGCAGUGACGAUACUUCCUCAAUCUUCUCCUCGCCGCGCCCAGCACCGGGUACGCCCAAGUUUAACAGCAUCUCGAGUCUGAAGAGCCUCGAAGCCGGCUUGUCGCUCGAUUCGAAGCUGGUCAAGAGGAAUCACAAGCGAUCGGUGUCCAAGCAUUCGAUCAAGUCGGUGGAUACGUUGUUUAGCGUGCCCAAGGAGGUCAGGUUGACGCCGGGACAUGUGGCGACGCACCGGGAUUUUUUUGAAGAUCCAGCGGUGGAGCUCGUCUCGCGCUUCUCGGAAGACUCGGAUGAGGGCGACGACGCAAGGCGCCUGUUUUCCUCGCUCCUCUCGCCCAAGCUUGGAAGCGUCGCCAAGUUCACCUCGACAUUCUCGUCGUCGAGCCACUCGAACAGCAGCACCAUCAGCGCGCUCGACAUGACCCGGUUGGACGCCGACGGCGGCAACGGCAAUGGCAACGGAGUCCACUGCGGCUCCCGCACGCCCGAGAUGGUCGCGACCCGAAACUCGUCCUCCUCGUCGAGCAGCUCGCUUUCGGACCUCUCGGACUUCACGGCAACACUUGGUGCUGCAGAGGAUCCCGUCUUCGACCUCUCGCGCCCGAGCAUGGACUACGCAACCGUCUACGCCCUCGCGCAGAAGUACGCUGCCCAGGCUUCCUCGCACACCACCGUUGCCCCGGUCUACAAGAAGACCCCCCUCAAGUCCGAGUCUAAGACGUCGACGUCCAUGCGCACCCUCCUCAACCCAGCCGCCAGUCGCUCGCACAGAAACCUGCCGGACCCCGUCGACCGAUCCUACCACCUUCGCAAGUAUUAG